CUCGGCGGCUGCGCGCCUCCUCUUUCUCUCUCCAGCCAUCGCUUCCAUCAUUCGAGUAAUUCUGUCUCCUUGUUUGUAAAACACCAAAAUCCACAAUAAAUACACGUUCCCUCUGCAGUUUCAUCGCGUUUAACCAGGGAAGAUUGGAGUCAUGAUGUGGGCAAUUUUCAGGAGGAAAGUUGCAUCUGUUGGCUCAAAUGCUUUGAUCAAUAAUGGAUCGGUACAAACAUUGGGGAGAGCCCGACCUGUGCUUGCAGGAUCAACGCCACAAGGUUUUGUUGAAACAAUCUCAACGCACAAGGCACUAAAUCUUGGAAUGGGAUCAAAACCGUUACGGCAAUUUCAUGAAGGUGCCCCAGGUCAUUCACUGCCUGUAAGGAAUGUUGUACCUUCACUUAAACCAAAUUUUACGACCCAAAUGUGGAGUAGAUCUUUUUCUUCAGACAGUGGUGAUUUGGUUGAUGCUGUUGUCCCUUUUAUGGGAGAAUCGAUUACAGAUGGCACUCUAGCCACUUUUCUAAAGAAACCUGGUGAUCGCGUUGAAAUUGAUGAGCCAAUUGCUCAAAUUGAAACCGAUAAAGUGACGAUUGAUGUUGCAAGUCCUGAAGCUGGUUUUAUCCAAGAGUUUGUAGCCAAGGAAGGAGAUACCGUUGAGCCAGGUACAAAGGUUGCGAUUAUAUCAAAGUCGGGCGGUGAAGGUGCAACGACUCAUGUGGCUCCAUCUGAGUCCCCAACCACGGCUGCACCCGCACCUAAGCCGGCUCCUGCCGCGGUGGAGAAACCAUUGCCCAAGCCCGAUGCUCAACCUCCAAAAGAUGCGCCUAAAGCGUCGUCUCCGCCACCUUCAAAAACUUCGGCCUCCGAGCCUCAACUUCCUCCUAAGGAUAGGGAAAGAAGAGUCCCAAUGACGAGACUCAGGAAGCGUGUGGCCACACGUUUGAAAGAUUCUCAAAAUACCUUCGCACUGCUGACUACAUUCAACGAAGUCGACAUGACAAAUCUGAUGAAGCUCCGAUCUGAAUAUAAAGAAGCUUUCCUUGAGAAGCAUGGAGUGAAGCUGGGACUCAUGUCUGGAUUUGUGAAAGCUGCUGUUAGCGGGCUCCAGAAUCAGCCGAUUAUCAAUGCUGUUAUUGAUGGAGACGACAUUAUAUAUAGAGAUUAUAUCGAUAUCAGUAUUGCUGUCGGUACUCCUAAGGGUCUCGUGGUUCCGGUUAUCCGAAAUGCUGAGACAAUGAACUUUGCGGAAAUAGAAAAGACGAUUAACACCCUAGCCAAGAAAGCAACAAAUGGCUCCAUCUCAAUCGAUGAGAUGGCUGGAGGUUCAUUCACGAUAUCUAAUGGUGGCGUGUAUGGAAGUCUUCUAAGUACUCCCAUCAUAAACCCUCCUCAGUCGGCUAUUCUCGGGAUGCACUCAAUAGUCAACAAACCGAUGGUUGUUGGUGGCGAAAUCGUAUCAAGGCCAAUGAUGUACAUCGCCCUCACAUAUGACCAUCGGUUGAUUGAUGGUAGAGAAGCCGUCUUCUUCUUGAGGCGUAUCAAAGAUGUCGUUGAAGACCCACGAAGGUUGUUGCUUGAUAUAUAAAGCCCGAAGCUUUUCAUACCCGACGAUCAUGAACACUUGUUUUUCGAAAUAAAAGACCUCAUAGUUGUUUGUUUAACUCAAAUGAUUCAUUUUGAGGAUGAAAUUGGGAAAUGUUUUUGAUGUUAUGUUUCUUGAUCUCAUUUGAAGUGAAGGUUUUAUGGUUCUAGUUUUUCUUCAGGCAAAGGAUGCUGUUUUUGAUGAAAGAGAACACUUUGGUUUUUGAGUCUCUGUAUCAUGAGCAUAUUUAAUGGAAUUUGUUUUAAACUGUGAGAAA